AUGAUCGCCGCGCCUCCGAUGACGCAAGCCCCGGCGCCGGCUGCAGCGACAGCCGGGUUCCGUCGGCCCGCCUCCCGCCGGACGGUGCGGUGCGCGGUAGCCGUCGCGUCCGCGGCGCCGGCCGGCAGGUGCACACUCUACGAGGUGCUGGGGCUGCGCGCCGGCGCGACGGGCGGCGAGAUCAAGGCCGCGUACCGGCGCCUGGCGCGGGAGCUGCACCCGGACGUGGCCGGCGCGGCGAGGGACGCCUUCAUCCGGCUCCACGACGCCUACGCCACGGUCUCCGACCUGGACGCCCGCGCGCGCUACUGGGGCCGGCCUCGACGUACCUGGGAGACCGACCAGUGCUGGUAG